CAAUAUAACUCGCUUUCCCCGGCGUCCUUCCCGCAGAACUCCCCCCCAAUGUAUCAAGCUUCCGCCUACCCACGGCACAGCGAGGCACAAAAAAUUCUAUUCUGCAAACGUACACACACAUUGCUCUCUUCUCCCCGGUUCCUUCACUCACAGUGCCCCAUCUGUCCAGAAUUCUUACCGCCGGGCGUAGCGAAAACCGUGCCGCAUACGCCACAUAGAUACACACAUCGUGAACGCAAGUUCACCAAUCGCACUCCCCCGAAACACAAUUCAAGCACUAAUAUCGCCCGAGCAGAAACAAUGACAUCUACGGCCAAUCGAUACUCGCUUAUCGUUGGGUUUUCCGCCUCGAGGUUUUGCUAGUGAAGGUUUGGGGGGAGAGUCGGUGGGAAGGAUGAUGAGGUAAGCGCGGAAUCGUGUAUGUGGCGUGGGCAGGAUAGAUGUGCAUGCGCAUCGCAAGGAGGGGAUUUGGGAAUGGAGCUGGGGCCGCCGGGAACGGGAGGAUCGUCGUACGAGGAUCGGGGGGAGCGAGUUGAGAUUCAGGGUGUUUUGAUGUGAAUGUUUGUGAUCUGGAGGAGAAGAGAUGUUGGAAUCAAUAGUACGAAUGCAAGUCUCACACUUGUUUCUGAGGGCCUUGUCAUUAUGUUUGCGAAGGAUGGG